AUGGCUAAUAAGCCAAUGUCCGACUGUAGGCUACAGAGAAUUCGCACAGCCACAGCAGAGAAUCCGGUACUACAGAAAGUGGUUAAUCUGACCAGGUCUGGAUGGCCCGACCGCGAGAAAUCAGUGCGCGCUGACCUUCGCAUGUAUUUCGUGUCGUGCAGUGAAUAUUUGAUGUCACAUGGUCUUCUGCUAUGUAGAGAUAGAAUCGUCAUGCCAGAAGUGCUGAGAGCAGAGACACUCGAGGCUAUACACAGUGGUCACUUGGGGCUGAAUAAGUGUCGAGCCCGAGCAAACAUGUCAGUUAGGUGGCCUGGGAUAUCACGCGACAUCGAUCGUACUGUCCGGCGUCCAUGUAAAUUAUGUAGGGAGCAUAGACCCACACAGAGAUGCGAACCGCUGAAACCAACCACAUUGCCAGAUCGUCCGUGGCAGAGGAUUGCGGCCGACCUGUGCGAAUUGAAGGGCAACCAGUACUUAAUAGUCAAGGACUAUUAUUCGCGAUACUUGGAGAUCGCUCACCUGGAUACGAUCAGCAGUGCACAGGUGAUAGGCAAGUUGAAGAACAUAUUCGCCCGAUGGGGGGUACCGGAAGUGUUUGUGUCGGAUAACGGUGGACAGUUUAAAUCGGACAUAUACAGGUACAACGUCGAACAACUGUGA